UCGCAGGUGUUCCAGGCCAACGUCUUGCGCACCCGCAGGAACAGCACCACCAUCAUGAACCGGCACAGCCUGUUUGUGCCAUCGUCUCCCAUCCGCAUUCCCAGCAGUCGACUCCACCAAAUCAAACAGGAAGAAGGAAUGAAUUUGCUGAACAGAGAAACAGUCCAUGAAAGAGAAGUGCAAGUAGCAAUGCAGAUGAGCCACUCAUGGGAGGAGAGCUUGAGCCUGAGCGACAAUGAUUUUGAAAAAUCAUUAUCACCAAAGCAAGUAGACUUUGUUCCAGUUUCUCCAGCUCCUUCACCUACAAGAGGGAUAGGGAAGCAAUGUUUCUCACCAUCUUUGCAAAGUCUGGUGAGUAGCAGUGGGUUACCUCCAAGUCCCAGCCCCAGUCCGACAAGGAGAUUUUCAAGGAGAAGUCAGAGUCCAAUUAACUGCAUCCGACCGAGUGUUCUUGGAUCAAUGAAAAGGAAAGGUGUGACAGAGAUGGAAGAUCAUCCAAAACGGUUAUUCCAAGGAUCCACCAACAUGCUUAGCCCUGAAGGUGCACAUCAGGCCGACCUAGGGGGAUGUCUGUCGUCACAUGCCCUGGAUGACAACAGGAGCAGUGCAGGUUCCUCCUGUGACUCCCCAGCAGAAGUUGGCACCAGCACAGACUCUCCAGUCUCACUCUCUGACUCCAGAUCUCCAUUUUUACCAGUAGAUCUUACGGCCAAGUUACCAAUCAACUGA